CUCUGCCUUGCCAGCAGAGAACCAAAAAGCCGUAGCGUCGGUACACAGUAUUAGCAAGUAGAUAAGGCAAGCUCCAGCGGCGAAUUCCCCGAAUCUCCCAUAUCUUCUUCCGCCCAAAUUUCUCUCACACCAGAAAAAAUCCCAUUAUAAUCGCGGAGAAUCGCGACGACCCCCCAUGGACUCAAUUUCCCCCUUUCUCUUCUCCUCCUUCUGGGAUUCCGGCGAGCCAUCGUUUCCCAGGGAAGGUAGUUUCGAUUACCCAGUUGUUGAGAUAAUGGCAUCAUCUCACGGGAAUAGUACUCAUUCAGAAUCUGCCAAGACGGAGCAGAUCAUCACUGAGUUUUUUGCCAAGAGUCUCCACAUAAUACUCGAGUCUAGGUCUCCAUUUGUGUCCUCUCGUAACUUCAGUGGGGAACAAGCUCUCUCGUCUCCUUCCUCGUCGUCUUCCUCGUCGUCGAGUGUGAGGCCGAGGGACAAAUGGUUCAACUUGGCCCUAGGAGAGUGCCCUUCCGCACUCGAGAAUCUCGACCUCUGGCGCCAGAGCAAUUUCGAGCCAAUGGUGGUUGAUGUGAUCUUGGUGAAGAGAGGGCUUAGCAGGAAUCAGUCGUUGAAGGAGAAUAGUAAUCCUUACGGCUCUGAUCAUGAGGAGCUCUUGUGUGGGAGGGAGGAGAAGGUUAUUGAGAGGUGGAUAGUUCAGUAUGACACUAGAAGGCCAAGGGAAACGGGUUCCACUAGUCGCAGAUCAUCGAGCAAUGUACUCCAUACCCUGUAUAAGAAAUCGAUACUACUCUUGAGGUCUUUGUAUGCUACUGCUAGGCUUCUACCUGCUUACAAGAUCUUCCGGGACCUCAAUUGCUCCGGAAAGCUUCGGCCUUUCACUCUCACUCAUAGGCUAUCAUCUUUUGCUGAGCCCUUCACACGUAAAGAGGAAGCUGAAAUGCAGCGGUUUAGUUUCACUCCUGUUGAGACUUCUUCUGGAAGGCUUUGCCUUUCGGUUUUGUAUCAUUCAUCGGUAUCUGAUGCUAGUUCUGAGUCAUCUACUCCUAUGUCCCCUCAGUUCAUCCCUGAUUAUGUUGGAAGUCCAUUGGCUGACCCUCUGAAGAGGUUUACUUCUCUGCCUGUGUCAUCUCCAUCGUCUCUGCCAUUCUCCAGGAGGCAUAGCUGGAGUUAUGACCGAUAUAGGGCUUCACCUCCUGCUGCUUUCUCACCUUCACCGACUCAUUCAGAACCACCAGCUGCCAAUGCCCUUCAGUUUGGACCCGUUAAUUUGCCGCCUCAGUAUCCAGACAGCUCUUCGAUUCACAAGACCAAUUACGGUUAUGAUGAGUACUAUCCUUCUCCUAACUUCACACCCUCUCCUUCCCCAUCGCCACCUGUCUACAUGCAUGGGAAUCAUCUUUCGAAUGCAGCACUGUUACGAACCGAGAGUGCACCUGUCUGCAUACCAAAGCUCAAGCUCAACCUUCAGCCAUCUCUUCCAAUGAAUGAUAACAUCAGACCAUUACGUGGUUCUAAAGUAGAUACGAGUACAGGUUUGCCUCACACUGGUGUGUCGGUUGAAAAGUUGAUCGUGAAAGAUGACCCCAAGAAGCAUUCCGGGACAAAGAUAUCUACCAUCAGUUCUUUACAGUUUUCAUUUUCUAGAAGCUCCAGCAGGUCUUUUCAUGAUGACUUUGAUGAUUCAGAUUUUCCUUGUCAUUUUGAUGUGGAGGACGAUGAUCCGACCUGUCAUGGUAGCAGGCCUGAAUCUUUUGAUCAGAAAGCUCAUCUUGGCGACCAGCUGGAUCCCCAAGGUGGAGGGAUCUUCCCCAUCAGAAAAUCACAAGAUGCUGCAGUAGGUGCCCUUGUCCGGAUGCUGAAGAAAGCUCCACCUCUACGCCAGGAACUCUCCUCUAGCAACAUCGAUUCAACUCACGUGUCCAGCACUCAAGCAGAACAGCCUCCCGAUACCUCGUCUUCUAUUCUGGUUGCAUCAAAGACAACUGCUGAUGCAUUGGAAGAGCUGCAGGGUUACAAACGAAUGAAGGACUACCUGCUUAGCCAAGGAGGCGGGAAAUGCAACGUUGCUGGUAUAUGUAAGUAGGGUUUCUUUCAGCGUCUGUUCUGUUCUCUGAACAAGUUUUAUGUUCAGGAAGUUUGGGCCUCUGUACAGAACUGCAAACUCCUUAUGCCUCUUCAAGGAUUGGGAAUCUUUUUUUUUUAUUUGCUCGAAGUAUAUAGCCCUAAAAUGAUCAUAUAUGUAAGCGCCCACAUUCCCCUUGUGUAUAGAGAGGCGUUUUAAGAUGAGUUCACAAGUCCAUUAUCUGCAAAUCAUUAGCUUCUUUCUGCUGUACAAAAGUGCAGAUCUCAUAUUGGAUUAGUUACUAAUGGUUUGUUCUAUUUUCUCCGGUUGAACCGGAAAAAUUCGUAGUAUGUUUAUACUGAAAUUAUGAUUGUACCAUUUUGUAAUGUUAAAAGCCUCUUACUGGUAAGAGUUCUUUCGAGUCAGAUUGUCGGUACGUUUCACAAAUAUUGGUUCUCUCCCU